UUAACUACAGGUGGAAUCCUAAACCCUGCAAAUGCACAAGCACCAGGACAGGGAUCUUGGUGCAUUGCAAGACCCUCAACUUCUGAUGAGGAACUUCAAAGGAAUAUUCAUUAUAUCUGUAAUGAACAAGGAAUUGACUGUUCUUUAAUUAAUGAUGGUGGCCCUUGUUGUAAUCCUAAUACUUACAUAAAUCAUGCAUCAGUGGCAAUGAAUAUUUAUUAUCAGAAUUUUGGGAGAAAUUAUUGGAAUUGUGACUUUGGCAGAACUGGUGUUAUUGUUGUUACUGACCCAAGCUAUGAUAAUUGCAAAUUUGAAUUUCGUCAGUAGAUAUAUUGAAGCUGAAACAGCGUGGAAUAUUUUGAGUGAUAUAAUCUGAAGAAACAAUAAGUCAAUGUAGCAUUCAGCUUCUUUGGAUGGUUGUUAUGUAUUGUUACUAAUGUAAUAUUUAGUUUGGUUGUCACCCAAAUUUUAUUG